AUUUUCUACCCGGCUUUUAGUCAGUACUGACACAAUCCUAUUUUGUGCACGACUGGAAUAUACAUAAAAAAGUAACCCCUAUAUCAAACACAUUCUUAUAAUCAAAUAGCAGGUAAAUUUGAGACUUAUAUAUAAACCAUUAUAUAUCGUUACAAUUCGAAUCGGAAUAAAUGCAAGAAUUGUGUGUGUGAAGAUGCCUAUUUUUGCUCAGUUCACUAUAAUCCCUAAAAAGUGCUAUUUUUGCUUUGGUUUUUCUGCCUAUUUUAGAAUUUUCUUAUAUAUCAUUAAACAAAAUCUUGAAUAUUUAUAAUGAGAAUUAUCAUAUGACGUAAUCGUUUUUGACAAAAGUGAUAAAAUCCUUGUACAAUCAAGUUAAAACUGAUACCCUUAUUAAAGAUGUCACUGAACGUAGGGAUGCCCUUAUCAAACGUUCAAUCCUCCGGGUCUUCUCAAAAUGCCUUAGAAAUGAAUAAAAUUUGCCAAUGGAUUCUCGAAUUAAACCAUCCAGAUACUAGGGAAAAUGCAUUAUUAGAGUUAAGUAAAAAGCGUGAAGUUGUCACCGAUUUGGCUCCCAUGUUGUGGAAUUCUUUCGGAACAAUCGCCGCCCUUUUACAAGAAAUUGUUAGCAUAUAUCCAGCUAUAAAUCCCCCUCAUCUUACAGCUCAUCAGUCUAACAGAGUAUGUAACGCCUUAGCACUUCUUCAGUGCGUUGCAUCACAUCAAGACACGAGGUCGGCUUUUCUUCAAGCACAUAUUCCUUUAUGGUUGUAUCCAUUUUUACAUACUGGGUGUAAAACUAGACCCUUCGAAUACUUAAGGCUAACAAGUCUGGGGGUAAUUGGAGCCCUUGUUAAAACAGACGAACAAGAGGUUAUCAACUUCCUUUUAACAACAGAAAUUAUUCCAUUAUGUCUUAGAAUUAUGGAAACUGGCAGCGAGUUAUCCAAAACUGUAGCUACAUUCAUACUGCAAAAGAUAUUACUUGAUGAAACUGGUCUAUCAUACAUUUGUCAAACUUAUGAAAGAUUUUCUCAUGUUGCCAUGAUACUCGGCAAAAUGGUACUACAAUUAUCUAAGGAACAAUCUGGUCGUUUAUUGAAGCAUGUCGUCAGAUGCUAUCUCAGGCUCAGCGAUAAUCCAAGAGCAAAAGAAGCUUUACGCCAAUGUUUACCUGACCAAUUGAAGGAUACAACAUUUCAAAAUGUAUUAAAAGACGACACCUCAACUAAGCGAUGGCUUCAGCAGCUUUUUAAGAAUCUGGAAGCUCCUGCUACUUCCAAUAAUCAACAACAACCGUCUCUUAUGAUUCAACCUCAACAACCUAGGAACCUGUGAAUUUAACACUACAUCACUACUAUUGAAAUGAAGACAAGAGAUACAUAGAAAAUGCUUGACUUAUAAAUAUAUUUUAUGUAUAGCGUUGAUCAUAUAUUCUAUCAUUUGUAAUCUCUAUAAGAUAAGAGAACUAUAUUGUAAUUAAUAUAUAUUGUAAUAUACAUAAGAUAAUAAAACUUCCGAAAGGCCUAUAUUAACAGG